AGACUAACACAAACAUGCCCUAGAUUUGGCACAUAAGUAAUCUCGUCCUUCACUUUAUCUCUCUUUCAACCCCAAUGUCUCCCCUGUUUUCCACAACCCAAGUCCUCCCAAAUCUCCGUCCUCUCACCGUAAAACUGAUGGAAUUUCAUUCUUCCAUGUCAAGAUUGGAGUACAGACCCAGAGAGGAUUUGCGGUGAAACUUUUUCCAGGAGCUGUUGAAGAUCCAUAACCAUCAUCUCGUGAGUGUUAGAUCUAUCUAAUCUCUUUCCGUUAAAUAUAUUUAUUGAGAGUGGUGUUUGGAGUGGUGUUUGUUUAUGUAAAUCUGUGUAGAUCUUGUUAUUAUUUAUGGUAUUACUUUCUAGUAGUAUGGAGAUUCUUCUUUAAAAAGGUUUUAUCAUGCUUCAUCUAAGUCUGAUUAUAGUUAGCUGCUAUGUAGAUCUGUAGGAUUAGUGAUCUCUCAAUCCCUUGGAAUUUUGGGUGUGAGAUGUUUCUAAUGUAGAUUUUUGGAAAAUGACUAUAAAAUUAGCCUUUUUAAACAAUAAUGAGAGGUUCCUGCAUCCUAAGAUGCAAGUGAACAUAACACUAAAUCAAAAACGAGAAUGCUAUGAAGAAGAGAUGAAAUAUUGCUUGUAUAUAAAACAAGAAUAUUUUUAGAAGUGGGGUUCAAACUGUUUCUGGCCCCUGUAUCAUAUGUGAAUGUGUCAAAACCUGUGAAAUGCAUCACCAAUCUGUAUAUGUACUCAACAUAUCAUAUUCUAGUCUAGGUUCAAAACUCAUGUCCAAACCUUUUUUAGUGUCUACUUAAGUUUCUCCAACAUCUUUACAACAUCCUUCAUGUCUGACCUGUUUCCAGAGAUAAUGUCACAGCACUUCUUGAUCAAAUCUGUAAUCUCAAUUGUUGUCUUCUCUGAAGACCCUGUCUGGAGUAAUUUUCCAUGUACCACAUGACCAGAUUUUCAAUUUGCAAUAGCAACUAUGUGUCCUGGGUCUUCUGAAUGUUUAUCAUCUGGUGUUGACUUUCGCCUCUUAGUGUUCUCUUGUGGAUAUCUUUACCUCAUCACACUUCAUCAGCGGUUGGAGUGAGGUCACUCCAAGUCUGUACAGAUCAACUUUUGGGUGCACAUUUCCUAAAACAUUGAGAAAAUUUAAAUUGUU